UCGGUGCCGAUUAAGGACUCCGAGCAGCUGGGAUGUUUAUUAUUGUCCUGUAGAGGAACCGUUUCCAUUAGUUUUGAAACGAAAAAUACCAUCAAAAUUCGGAGAAAUUCACAGAAGUUUUGGGAACUAUAUUAUCACUUUUUCAAGUAAUAAGGAUGCCGUUUAAAGUCGGGAGGGUGAAAAAACCGACGGAUUCGGGUAGUCUAUUUGCAGCGACAGAGGAUACUCGCGUGGAUGAGAUCGUCCUGGCCCCUAGGAGGAUCACGCGUUCAAGAUCUCGCGAAAACAAAGUACAUACUGAUUUCUUCAAGCUAGAGGCUUCGAAAUACUCAAAGAGCUCAACUAGUGGGGUCAAAAGCUCGCAAGGCGCAAGACGCGACAAACCCAUGAAGAAAACCGCUGCCAAGAACACCAAAAAAAUAUCAAAAGCCGCGCAGCUACAAACAUCAGAUUCAGAAUGGGAGGAUCAGCUUGACGAGCCCCAAAAUCCCCGGAAGGCUGGCCUCCUCCAGCCAUUAAACCCCCCAGCUGCAGCUUUGGGUCUACCAGGCCUGACAAAAACCCCUCGACUACAAGCCGCUCCUCCUGGUGCCAUCGCCAGGUCACCGAUCCACCACGUCGCAUCCCCAGUAACAUCUCCACGCCCCUCCCGAGCCCCUGCUGCAGCCUCGGGUCGUCCGGGUCCGAGAAGAAGCCCUCGUCUACAAGCCGCUUCUUCUGGUACCGUCGCCAGGUCACCGAUCCACCACGUCGCAUCCCCAGCAGCAUCUGCGCGCCCCUCUCGAACCAGGGAACGUCUCCAAGCGUUCCGCUAUUCACCACCAGCAGAAAAACCUCCGUCAACUCGUUCGACUGCAUCCUCCACUGUUGUGAGUCGAAAAACUACGCGAAAUAUGGGCAACUCUGUUACCUCACGAGGCAGACCUGCUCCCAGAGGUUCCCAUCUUCAAAAGGAACCUGAAAAUACGGAUGAGGAUUAUCACUCCACCGACGAUUGUAAUCAACCUCACCCACCAAAAACCUCUACCAAAUUGAAAAAUCGAUAUAUUAAAAUACAACAGAAGACAUCUUCAAGCCGUUUGAGUCGAUCAUCCGGUGAAGACGAUGACGAAGAGAUCGAGGUAACGAAAACUGUGCGAGAGAAGUAUUCAUUCCAGAAAGAGUUCCGCGGAGCCUCAGAUGAAGAUGUUAAUAAUAAUUCUCCGCACGUUUCUCAUCUCAAAAACACCGGAACUCGCCCAUCUACUAUUGUGGUCAACAUAAACAUGAAGCAGACUGUUCUUGACCGUUUUCACGUGAGCUCAUCAAAAUCAAGGAAAACUCUUCGGCCCUCGAAUGUUGGAGCUAAUGUUGAAGCCGAUGAUUUGAACGCAGCUCGUCCAUCUGCAGACGCUGGAAGUGAUGUAUCGGAGGAAAAAUAUUCUGGUCGAAUAUUUUCUAGAGAAGACGCUGGCGUUGAACAGCACACAGGAGUGAAGGCUAAAUCCACAGUGCUCUCAGGGGCUAACGCUUCGAUUUUCGAUCCAGACGUUAGUUUAUCAGCCAUCGAGACUCCUCACCCUGAUCGGUGUUUCCCGGCUGCGUCCAGCACUCGUCAGGAAGAGAAUUCACGAGCUGACGAUUUACCUACAGAUGACAUUGACAUUCCUCAGCCUUCACUCCCCCCGAAAACACAGGGGAGGAAGCGAUGGCUUCAGAAGAAAGUCAACUUUCGGAACACAAGGGAAUAUUUCUCGUUGGAUAAGCGUUCUUCAAGGAGAAAAGAUGAAGAACGAGCUGAGAGUUCUGGAGGGUCUUCACCGGAAGAAGCUAAAGUGGAACCUCAAUCUACAAGUGAUUCUGAAAUUAAUUCUUCAAGUGAUACUUCAAGCUCCAGUGGAGACACACAAGACGAUCAAGAGGUUGACCCUGAUCGAGAGUCUGAAGAUACUGUUGAAGUUUCCCACCAAUCGCUUCCUUCGAAAAUUCCGGUGAGAAGAGACACUCAGGAAUUGGCAGCGAACAAAUAUCAAUUCAAGUCUCGCAGUCUGCAUCCAACUUCCUUGGAUGGACCUACACCUGCGAAGACAGAAAACGUGACGAAAGACGGAUUACAGAAGACCCAGGAGCAGUCUGCAACAACCUCAAGCGGUUUCAACCCCCCAGAAGACGAAACUUCAAUUAUGAACAUCUCCCAACUGGCGAACAUAACAUUCAGGAGUCAUUCGCGAGCCUCGAGAUCAACUAACAGAGUCCCAGAAAUUCCAUCAUCAGGGCUGCAACUCCUCACUAUCCAGGAGCAGUUUCUAGAAAACAUCGCCCGAGCCUCCAGAAACUCUCCACCACCGGUUCGGGAACCGAAACGAAAUCCCGUCGUGAUGCCUCACUCAUCUUCAGAGUGGGCGACGAUUAAGGAUUCUCUGAAGACCGCAACUUACAGCAUUAACAGCCUCAAAACAUCAAUCCUUCGAUACAGUGGGAAGAAAAGUGUCUCAAUGAAGUUUCGAGGUCUUGAGAACUGCCUUUCGUCUCUGGACUUGGCUGAGUCGAGAAAUUUCUUCUUCCAGGUCUUGGCAGCCAUGAAAAACCUGGCUCUGCAACUACCAGCGUUGAUGAUAAAGGAAAUAAAUGUCUGCAAACGGCAGAACAACUCUAUCACUCAAAUCACUCAGGAACAGGCGGGAUGUCUACUAGCGAAUGGAUUCCUCUGCACGUUUCCUGGUGAUGCUGAGGGGAGUGAAGAGUACGGAGGGAGGUUCUUGAGCUUCUGGAAGCUCUUCGAGGCUUUCCAAGAUUCUGGUGAUGACCGUCACGAGAGGAAUGAGAUCGUGAAGCAAAAGAUCAAGUGCUUCGUCACAUAUUUUUCGAUCAUCAUCGAGAAACCUUCGAAUAAUACAUUGACGUUUGAGAGAAUUCAUAUUGCUGCAGUUCCAACCUGGUGGACAUUGAAGGUUCCGUUGAGGGCAGUGAACAUAAUGGAGUCGACGGAUUGUCGUGAGGAAGGAGUGGAGGUUCUGGAUACCGAGGGAGUCUUCGGUGGGGAUCUUUUUGGGUUUCAGAUCGAUGAAGAACAAAUCAAUUUUCUACUGCACCCUGAGCUUAUGGUCGCCAGGCUCUUCGUGGAGCCGGUGGGGGAGAGUGAAGCUCUUUUCUUCUGGGGGGCACAGCAGUAUUCGGUGUACGAUGGAUCUGGAAAGGAUUUCAAAUGUCGAGGCCCAUGUAAAGACGCCAAGCCUCGACAUUUUGCGUAUGUACGCAGGAAUGACAUUGAGGAUGGGAAAAUGUUCACGAGGGAGGAUGUGAUUUCCGAACUUGAAAAAAUGUUUGUGGUCUUCGAGACGGUUGAUCGUAAUGAUGAGAUUGCUAAGAUGGUGACAAUCAAAGCGACGAAACAGCAGGAGGAUCGAGGAGAUCUGGCGAUGAAGUUUAUAGUUUUUUUAAUGGUCGCGUCAUAUGUGGGCAUUUCCGGGACGUUCUGCUUACGUGAUGACAUGUGGCGUGAUGAAAUUAGGUCCAUUCAGCAGCUUCUGAUUAAAAAAAAGAUUGACAUUCGGACAAUUUUUGGAGCGCUAUGUGAGUAUGGGGAGAAACAGAGGAGACGGAGUAUGUAUUUCUUGUUAAAACAAAAGUUUAAACAUAUUGGGGAGUAAACUUAAUUGAUUUGUGGCUGUCCACAUUUUGUAUUUUGUGAUAUUCACUAAUUUAUCUGAUUUAUUCAUCUAAAAUAUAACAGAGCUGGACUCUUCAUAACUGAAAAUGGUUUUCGAAAAUUAGGAAAGUUUUACAGAAAUUUGAUGACAAGAAUUUUUAAAACUAAUAAUGAGGAUAACAAUGGACAAGAAUAUGACUUAAACUAUAAAUUGAUGACUGUAAACUUAAAACUGAUACAUAAAUUUGAUACGUUUGGAUUUUAAGAAAUAAAUUCUCAAUUCGUGACUGAAAAAUCUACCAGAAACUAAUGAACAAUUCUGGCAAAUAUUGAUAUUUAAAAUUAUAUAGAUAUGAGCCAUCAAAAACGAUGAUUUAUAUGUAAAUUCGAUAGAAUUAUUCGAAACUCCUAGGGGAAUUAACAUCCGACAGUCUAGUGACUUUCGGAAUGAAAAGUCGAUUGUUCUCUACAAUAUUCGAAAUUGUCAAUCAAAUGGGAGAUUAUGGGCAAUAUAAUAAUAUUAAAAAUAAUAUAAAAAUAAUAUUUUUGGAGCGGGAAAUAUAUUCACCACUAAUGAUUUUUUAUAAUAAGAUUGACAUUCGAACAAUUUUUGGAGUGUGUUAUGUGAACAUGAAGAGAGACAGAGGAGACAGAAUAUGUAUUUCUUCUUAAAACAAAGUUUCAACAUAUUCAGGGGUAAACUCGAUUUGUUAUUCAUGGACGUCCACAUUUUGUAUUCUGUGAUAUUUAUUAAUUUAGCUAAUUUGUUCAUGUAAAAUAUACCAGAGUUAGACUCUUCACAAUUAAAAAUGGUUCUCGAAAAUUAGGAAAUUUUUACACAUAUUUGGUGACCAGAAUUUUUUAAAUAAAUAAUGAGGAUAACAAUUGACAAUAAUAUGACUUAAACCAUAAAUUGAUGACUAUAAACUUAUAACUAAUACAUAAAUUUGAUACGUUUGGAUUUUAAAUAAUAAAUUCUCAAUUCGUGACUGAAAAAUCUCCCAAAAAAUGAUGAAAAAUUCGGACAAAUACUGAUAUUCAAAAUUAUAUAAAUAUGAGCCAUUAAAAACAAUGAUUUAUAUAUAAAUUCGGUAAAAUUAUUUGAAACUCCUAGGGAAAUUAAUAUGGGAAAAGUCUCCGACAAUCUAUUGAUUUUCGGGAUGAAACCUCAAUUGUUCUUGAAAGUAUUAGAAAUUGUCAAUAAUAGGGAAAAUUAUGGACAAUAAUAUGUUUGGAACAAAAAUGUAUUCACCACAAAUGAUAGUUAAAACAAAAAAAAGAA